AUGUUGGUGUGCCAAGUAUUGCUAAUUGAAGCAUGCAUGCCAAAAAUUGAUGAAAUUUUUUCUAAAUUCAACCGAAUGAAAAAACCUUGUACUGAUUCAAGGAGGAGAACGAUACGAGUGGGACGGAAUCCAGGUCGGAUUGUGGCUGUUUAUGAUUUUGGUGCACAUGACGGUAAGUCAUUAAGUAUUUUAAGCUGA